AUGACUGUUGAAGGCUCUUUCGAGGCCAGCGAGCCUUCAAUGCUGUGGGCAACAGCUACAUCAAUCCUAUCUCGAACAUCCACUAAGAAUGAUUCAAUUGAGCCUGUUCUUGUGACUGCAGAUUUCGCAACAGCACUCAAUGGAGUAAAUGGCACGAAAGAUCAUCUAUUCAAGUUAAUGCUCUGGUGGAGUUUAGGUGUGCUGGCCAUACUUAUUCUUGUCCUAAGGAUCUACCAGCGAUGGCGAGCACAUCUGAGGCACUUAAUAGCUAUGAGUCUCUCUGGAAACCAACAAGUUUACUUCUCACGAAACCAAACUUCAUGGGUCUGGAAGAUUAAAAAACAAUUCACCUACGCACCUCUAAAAAGUAAACGACAUAAUCGAGAAAUAAGACUCUCUGCUGCUCUUAACAUGGGUACCAUCCCUUCAAGAUCACAGGCAACGCUCCUAUUCUUGUUUUUCUUUAGCAACAUAGCUUACACCCUGGCUGUCGACUGGAGACAGAUGAACCAUUACGCCGUUGCCGCCGAAAUGCGAGGUAGAACCGGGGUUUUAGCUGUCAUCAACAUGAUUCCAUUAAUUAUGUUUGCGGGCCGGAAUAACCCUCUAAUCGGUAUACUCCAAGUAAGCUUCGAUACAUUCAACCUCAUGCACCGUUGGACCGGGAGAAUAGUAAUUUUGGAAUCAGUCCUUCAUACGGGAUGCUGGGCCUACGUAAAAUACGCUGCCACGGGAUGGGGUGGGUUAUGGUCUCAGCUUCAGAGUGAUAAAUUUUCUGGGUGGGGAAUGGUUGGAACUGCUGCUAUGUUUUUGAUAUUAAUUGUCUCUUUCUCACCAGUACGGCACGCGUUCUAUGAGACAUUCCUAGAUGUUCACAUCAUCCUAGCGGCUGUAGCUCUUGUGGGCAUCUAUAUCCACUGCGAUGCGGGAAAAUUACCACAAUUAACUUACGUAAAGGUUAUUAUUCUACUCUGGGCUGCUGAUCGAGUCGGAAGGAUCUUCAGAAUCAUAUGGUAUAAUUACUCAAGAUCCGGCUGGACUAAUGCAACAAUUCAAGCUGUCUCCGGCGAUGCUUGUAGAGUCACAUUACAUUGCCCGAGAAAGAUCAACAUUAGCGCGGGAAGCCAUGCCUACCUACGGUUUGGCUCUAUUAACCCAUGGGAAUCUCACCCUUUUUCUAUUGCUUGGGUUGACCAUAUACCAUCACAAGGAGAACUACCGACGUCUGAAAAGGGAAAUGAUGGCAGGCUGAGAGAUUCCGAAACCGUCACCGAUGUAUCAUUCAUCAUUCACGCCCAAACAGGUAUGACUCGAAAACUUUACGAUAGAGCUAAGAAAUGUGCUCCCAAUGCCCUCAAUCUCAGGGCUGCUCUUGAGGGCCCAUAUGGCGGACACCACUCUUUGGACUCUUACGGACACGCCGUUCUUUUCGCUGGAUCUAGUGGUAUAACCCAUCAAAUCUCAUUUGUAAGACAUCUUAUUUUAGCAUCUACCGAAAGAUCGGUCGCCACUCGAAAAAUUACCCUCAUCUGGAUUAUACGAGAUGCAGAGCACUUAGAAUGGUUGCGACCUUGGAUGGACGUCAUCUUAAGAAUGCCUGGACGGCGUGAGUGUUUAAUCAUUAAACUUUUCGUAACACGGCCCAAAAAUCCAGGAGAGAUACGAUCGCCUAGCAACACUGUACAAAUGUUUCCAGGUCGUCCUAAUGUAAGACUGCUUCUCCAGAACGAAGUAAGGGAGCAAGUCGGUGCCAUGUGUGUAACUGUGUGUGGACCGGGAGGACUCGCAGACAAUGUAAGGGAGGCUGUGCGUGACGUGCAGGAAGACGGCGUAGUGGAUUUUAUUGAGGAAAGUUUUACAUGGUGA